AAAGUAGCUAGUCCAGCGAUCAACUUCACAAGUCACAACCAAGUCAAUUGCACAAACAUUUAUUAAAGGGGUGACUGUUAGAGAGAAAGAUUUAGGUAAAGAUGUUUAAUUGUUGUACUAGAACCUUUUAGUUAGCCGACAGUGUGCCUUCUUUAGGUUGAAAUCUCACUCUAUAUCUAUUAAUACUCUGUUCCUUAUGUACUUGGCGAUCACUGUUUAUUGUGAGUCCAAAAAACAUAUCAUCACUUGCACCAUCCCUGAACCCCAACAAACUCUUAACAACAUCAUGGUGCAAUCAAAGAAGUUUAGAGGUGUCAGGCAGCGCCAUUGGGGUUCCUGGGUAUCCGAAAUUCGCCACCCACUUCUGAAGAGAAGGGUGUGGCUAGGGACAUUUGAAACAGCAGAAGAGGCUGCUAGAGCCUAUGAUCAAGCUGCGAUUCUGAUGAGUGGGAGAAAUGCCAAGACCAAUUUCCCAAUAACCCAAACUCCAGAAGGUGAUCCAAAGAGCACUAACAGCGAGGACACUCCCUCCACCACCUCGAAGGAUCUGGAGGAAAUCUUACAUGCAAAGCUUCGCAAAUGUAGCAAGGUGCCUUCACCUUCUAUGACUUGUUUGAGGCUUGACACAGAGAACUCACACAUCGGAGUGUGGCAAAAGCGUGCUGGGAGGUGUUCUGAUUCAAAUUGGGUCAUGACGGUUCAGCUGGGAAAGAAAACUGUUAAUAAUAAUGAGACUCAUCAAGCUGAUAGUAGCAGUAGUAGUUCUCUUUCUUCUUCUCUACCUUCUUCUCAACAUGACCACCAUGAGUCUCCAUCAUUGAGUGUGGCAGGUAAUCUUCAUCACCAUCAAGAAGUCGUGAGAGGAGAGAUUGAUGAAGAGGAGAGAAUUGCCCUUCAGAUGAUAGAGGAGCUCCUCAACGACAGAAACUGCCCUAGCCCAUCAUUUGACAACAACAUUCAAGAAAGGGAUGGUGCUGAUCAUCAUGACAACUUUUUUCUUUAAGCUUCUUUUCCACAGAGUGUUAUGGUAUUCACAUGCAUGUUCAAUCUUCAUCUUCAACAAGGUUGUCAUUAUUUGGGGGGAAAAAAGGAAGUGGUAGUUAUAUAGGCUAAAUAUAUAUAACCACAUCAUAUCUGUCAUGUCAUAUCUAUUUUCAUGUAUGUCAUAUUUAUUAUAAGUGUAGAUAAUAUAUACACAUACAUACAUAUACAUGCAUCAUGCAUAGGAAAAUAUACACAUAAGAAAAUAAGAGAGUGUAUACAGAAUAUAUUUUCAUUUUCAGAGUUCAUAUGUAAAGUGCCCUAUCGUUUGCUGCUUGUUUGAAACGUUCACGGUUAAUUUAUUUACCAUAAAUAAUAAAUAUUUG